GAACUUUAAAGAUUAUACCUAGAACCCUGCCGUAGACUGUAUUUUCUGAGCGAGAAAGCCUUAUAUAAAACCUCCUUAGGAUGCUAAGAACUAUCUUCAUCUUGAAGGGUUCUUUGUGAUAAGAGUUUACAAUUUCAUGUAAAGCAUUGUGAGUCCAUGAGCUAAAAAUGAGUUCUGAGCAGCUGGGAGACAGGAAGAGAAAGUCGUAAGGGUGGUGUUAUUUUAGACUCAUGUCAAUAAGGUGAAUACUUCAGUCUAUGAACUGGAGAAUAACCAAACACGUACUGUAUAACGCAAUAUUAAUCAGUCCGUACAGGAUUUUGUGGAGAUUUUUUGGUCAUUGUUGCGACCAAAAAUGCUUGAUCUUGCUGUGGCUUUUUGUGCUUUUUUUGCGGAAAACUAAUGCACGAAGUUGUUCUGCACGGCGUUUCACAGUGAUGUUUGUUGGUAAAUGAGACCUUUUAGCUGUACUCAUGUUCGAUAUAUGUGAAUCAAAGAGGGCUUUGGCUGAAUGUGCCUUGUGAUGAUGUCACAUGACACAUCUUGGUUCAAAUAUGCCGAAAAUCUGCAGUAAUUUUGAAAUAUUGCAAGCUCCUCUGAAUAUUGCAGAAUUUCCUGGAUUUUGUGUUCAUUUCCGUGGUUGCAAAAUCGCAACAUUUUGGAGAGACUGAUUAUUAGAUUUUAUUUAUUAUUAUUAUUAUUAUUAUUAUUAUUAUUAUUUUAACUAUAACACAGUAUACUGUUUAUUUAUUUAUUUAAUGUAUUUAUUACAAUGCUAUUUAUUUCUUUAUUUAUUACUGAUAUAGAACAAUGUUCAUUGUUAUUUAUAUAGCUUAGUCUUUAAUUUUUUUUUUUUAUGUAACACAAUUUUAAAGAUGUUAUUCAUAUAGCUCAAUUUUUUGGAGAAUUCAGCCAUGACCAAGUGAUUGGGGGGGCAGAGGGUGUGUUCUCCUGACACAUGCAGGUUAUAAAGGAAUGAAACAGGAAGAAUGAGAGUGAGAGAUGAAGAAAGACAAAAAUAUCCAGGAAUCUGGUGCUAUAAUUGGCUGAGUCUGUCAGGCCCAUUUUUUUGAAGUGAGGUUGCGCGCCCAGCCACCUCGUACCCACUGAAACCUUAUCCUCUAAACACAGGUUCCACCCCCCCACACCCCUGCACAGUGACACUGCUGUCUGUCUCUGUCUCUCUCUCUCUCUCAUACACACACUCCACCACCUCUGACUACACACACAUCUGUGGAUUACUCUCGCUCUCCCAGUGUGUGUAUGUGUGCGUGUGUGUGUGUGUGUGUGUCUGUGUGUGUGUGUGUGAGGGGGAUUUCAACACCUGUACAGGUUCAGCAUCAAAAGAUGAGGAUGCAUGGAAGUUGAAAAGUGUGAGUGUGUUCGAGUGUGUGUAAGGGCUGGAGAAGCUUCUCCAUUCAGCACUGAUUACACAGGAGGGGAAUUUUGUUGAUCAUCACAGCCUAACGUGUAGUAAAAGCUAAGGCAGACAUGAUGGCACAGUUUUGGUGCAGGAUCUCACUGAUCCUGACCAUUCUGGCCUUGACCUUGUACAGUGAUGGGGUCAAGGGUCAGAGGGCAGGUUGUAAGAAUGUCCACUAUGACCUGGCGUUCAUCCUCGACACCUCAUCCAGUGUUGGCAAGGACAACUUUGAGAAGAUCCGACAGUGGGUUGCCAACCUGGUGGAGUCGUUUGACGUUGGUGAGGAUAAGACUCGUGUGGCAGUAGUGCGCUACAGUGACCGUCCCACCACCGAGUUCAACUUGGCCAGGUACAAAACCCUCGAUGAGGUCAAAAUGGCAGCCAGGAACAUCCGAUAUCUGGGUGGCAACACCAAAACUGGAGACGCUAUCGGCUACACCACCGCCAACAUCUUCAACGUCCAGGCAGGAGCCAGACCUGCUGCCCGGGGCAUCCAGAAAGUGGCCAUUUUGCUAACAGAUGGUCGGAGUCAGGAUUACGUUCUGGAGCCAUCCGUUGCGGCGUCCAGGGCUGGGAUCAGGAUGUUUGCAGUGGGGAUUGGCGAGGCGCUGAAAGAGGAGUUGGAGGAGAUUGCGGCUGAGCCAAAAAAUGCUCACGUCUUCCACGUGACAGAUUUUGAUGCCAUUGACAGAAUCCGAGGCAGGCUGAGGAGGAGACUCUGUGAGAAUGUGCUGUGCCCGAACAUGAAGGUGCAAGCAGAACGAUUCAAGCCCAACAGCACGAGUGCUGGACUACAGGAAGUUCCAGGCUUUGACCUGAUGGAGUACUUUAAUGUGAGGGAUGUUCUGGGAGAGAAGUCUGACCCUGGACAGAGCUCCUAUGUGAGACUGGGGACUAUGCCUAUCGUCCAGCAGACUGAAAACGUGUUUUCACAAGGCCUCCCAGAUGAAUACGCCUUCGUUACCACGUUCAAAUUCAGAAAGACGUCUAGGAGGGAGGACUGGUACCUGUGGCAGGUCUACGACAAGUACGGCAUCCCUCAGGUUUCUAUCCGUCUAGAUGGAGAGAAUAAAGCGGUGGAGUACAACGCCGUGGGUUUGACCAAAGACGCAGUCCGAGCCGUGUUCCGCAGCCCGGAUGUGGAAAACCUAUUUGACAGAAACUGGCACAAGAUCGGCCUGAGCAUCCACGCCAAAUCCGUCUCGCUCUAUCUGGACUGCAAACUCAUCCAGACCCUACCGAUCGAGGACCGAGAGGACAUCGACAUCCAGGGCAAAACCGUCAUCGGCAAGAGACUCUACGACAGCGUCCCCAUCGACUUCGACCUUCAGAGGAUGGUAAUCUACUGCGACUCUAAGCAGGCAGAGCAGGAGACAUGCUGUGACCUGCCUGGAGGCCCUUGCCCUAAGCAGGUGGUCACUGAACCCACGCCUAUUUUACUCCCGACCCCGACUCCUACGAGCGGAGAGCAGAAGAGUGGAGAACACACCGUCAACUGUUCCUGCACCACCGGGGAGAGGGGUGAGACAGGUCUGCCCGGUGCUCAAGGCCCUAAGGGUGAAAAGGGAGAUCCGGGCCUUCAGGGCACUCCAGGACCACAAGGACCUAAAGGGCAGAAAGGAGAACUUGGCAAGGCUCUCUCUAUCAAAGGAGAUAGAGGCGAGAAGGGGGACAGUGGAGAGCACGGUCAUCCUGGGGUCAAAGGUGACAAGGGAGAGAGGGGAUCUGAAGGCCUCCUGGGACUUGCUGGCAAAAAGGGAGACAAAGGACAGCAGGGUGAGACGGGAUCUGCUGGAGCUCCGGGGUUAGCCGGACCACUCGGACCACAGGGUAUUCAAGGUGACCUAGGACACCCUGGAGCACCUGGUCCAAAAGGCGUUCCUGGUGAUCCGGGUAAAAAAGGAGAAAAGGGAACAGCAGGAGAGAGGGGUCUCCCAGGGUUAGAUGGUUUUCCCGGCAAACAUGGAUCUCCAGGAAAAGACGGUCUGAGCGGUCUGAUCGGGGCACCUGGAGCACACGGGGUUAAAGGAGAAAAGGGUGAGAGAGGUCCUGCUGGAAUACCUGGAGAUGUGGUGCACAUGGGAGGUCUGAAAGGAGAAAAUGGCGUCCCAGGACCACCCGGUCCUCCUGGAGCAGACGGGCCUCCUGGACCUCCGGGGCCACCUGGUCCAACUGGACAGCCAGGAAUUCCGGGAGAAAUCGGACAAAGGGGAAAGAAAGGAGAAGCAGGACUUCCUGGAGUUGAUGGAUUUCCUGGACCACCGGGUCCCGCAGGCCCCCCUGGACCUCCUGGGAGUCCGGGUCAGACUGGACUUCCUGGAUUACCGGGGGAAAUCGGAUUCCCAGGAAAACACGGAGAGGCCGGAAAACCUGGUCUUCCAGGGAAGGACGGCAUCGACGGUCAACCUGGAAACGACGGGGAGAAAGGACCAAGAGGUGAACCGGGGCUGGAUGGCUUCCCUGGAAAACCUGGUCCAAAGGGUGACGACGGACCUCCGGGACCCAGGGGACCGCCAGGAGACAGGGGUGAGACGGGUCUUCCUGGCGAGGCUGGCGUAAUGGGACCGAGAGGAGAAAGAGGAGUGCAGGGUGAAAGAGGAAAAGACGGUGAUGUCGGCGCAAAAGGCGAGAAAGGAGACAAGGGUGAAGUUGGACCCAGAGGACUUCCAGGAACCCCAGGAGAUGUUGCCAGUGUGAUUCCUGAGCCUGGAGAACCAGGGAAACCUGGAGAGAAAGGCGAGAAAGGAGAGCAGGGAAAACAAGGAGAGGUGGGUCCCAGAGGACUUCCUGGAGAACAAGGCUUCAGAGGUCAGCCUGGGCUUCCGGGAGUUAAAGGAGACAUUGGGUCCAAAGGAGAUCCAGGCACGAAUGGAGAACCGGGUCCUCCUGGGCCGCCCGGCCUUCAGGGGCAACGAGGACUACCUGGCAACGUGGGAAUUCCGGGCAGUAUCGGACCACCGGGAAUAGCAGGACAGAGAGGAGAAAAGGGAGACCCUGGUAAAGAGGGUCUUGCAGGCCCCCCUGGUUUGCCUGGAGAGCCUGGUCUCAGAGGUGAAGCAGGACCACCAGGGAGAGGGAAAGAUGGGGUGAAGGGGGAUGCAGGACCUCCAGGAAUGGCUGGAGCCCCGGGACUGAAGGGCCCACCAGGAAAUCCAGGAAUGCAGGGGAUGCCAGGAAACAGAGGUCCUCCAGGAGAGGGAACCACUGGACCAGCUGGACCACCAGGGCCCCCUGGACUAUUAGGAGCAGUGGGACCGAGAGGCGCACCAGGUGUACCGGGACCUCAAGGACCUUCUGGACACAACGGUUUACCAGGAAGACCUGGAGAGAAAGGAGCUCAGGGAGAGCCGGGUAAAGCUGCAGAUCUGUCUGAGCUAGACCUGAAGGGUGUUUGUUCAGACUGUCCAGCUGGACCUGCUGGACCACCAGGAAUCCCAGGAAUUCCAGGAGAAAAAGGACCUGAAGGACCAGCGGGGAAAAACGGACAGGAUGGAUAUCAGGGUGCACCUGGACCUGUCGGACCCCCAGGACCACCUGGAGCUGAGGGAAGCAAGGGUGUGAAAGGUGACCGAGGCUCCCCGGGGGCUGCUGGAGAUAAAGGUGAAAAGGGACCCCCAGGGCCUCCUGGUUAUCCAGGUGCAGCUGGAACAACAGGUCAACCUGGUAAUGACGGCAACCCUGGACCCCCUGGUGCUCCUGGACCCCCUGGAGAAAAGGGCAAAGAGGGACUGAAAGGGAUUCAGGGUCCUCCAGGUCUGCCAGGCUUAAUGGGAAUCAUGGGUAAGCCAGGGAAGGACGGACGACCAGGGGAAGUGGGCGAGCCGGGUAAACAGGGAGAACCUGGAGCACCAGGAAGAGAUGGACUCAGAGGUCUUCCUGGUUUUAAAGGUCACAGAGGAGAGCCUGGGGAACCAGGGUCAAAGGGUGAAGAGGGUAAACAGGGUCCACCAGGACGGGAGGGUCCACCUGGGAAAGACGGCAUCAUGGGACCUUCCGGGCCUGAAGGUCACAGAGGACCAAGUGGACAACCGGGUAAACCUGGAGAACCUGGACCACCGGGGAAAUCGGGACCAUCUGGAACUCCAGGUCCUCCAGGAGGGAAGGGGGAGACAGGAAACCCGGGACUGCCCGGAUUCGCAGGUCCAAAAGGACCGUCGGGUCUACCUGGUCCCGUCGGCCCCGAGGGCAAACAAGGCAUACCGGGCAAACAGGGAGAAAGAGGCUACAAGGGAGAGAAGGGUGACAAUGGCAUAAAAGGUGACAAAGGCCCCACGGGAGAACCAGGAAUGCCUGGAAACCCAGGAGCUCCAGGCAGAAAGGGUCACACGGGCAUGAUGGGAAUGUCUGGACCUCCUGGAGACAUGGGAACCUCUGGACCACCGGGUCCUCCUGGCCAGCCUGGACUUCCAGGACAGAGGGGAGAAACUCCAUCUCUGGAAUCGAUACGCAGGUUAAUUCAAGAGGAACUCGCCAAAGAACUACAAGCCAAGAUGGCCUACUUCAUGUCCCAGAUUCAGCCCACACACAUAAAGAGCUCAGCCGGGCGUCCUGGUCCACCUGGACCUCCAGGAAAAGAAGGGCAACCUGGACGACCAGGUCCACCUGGAGAGUCUGGUAUGCCUGGCCAAAAUGGAGCAGAGGGACCCCGAGGUCCAGCAGGUCCUAAAGGUGAAAGAGGUGCCAGAGGGGAGAAGGGAGAAAAUGGUGUUGGACAGAGAGGAGAGCCUGGUCCAUCUGGUCCCAUUGGUCCAGCAGGAAUUCCUGGAGACGGUAAAGACGGUCUUCCGGGAGCAACUGGAGCUCAGGGUGAACCUGGACAUCCAGGUCCUCAUGGACAACCUGGCCCACCGGGACCUCCGGGGCAGUGUGACCCCUCUCAGUGUGCCUACUACGCUAGCCUGGCAUCACGACCUCACACUAAGAACGUCAAGGGAACCUAAACCUCUCUCUGCAUGCCUGGGCCUAUUUAUGAACUCAUGAGAACCUAAAGCUUUUCCUGACAAGAUCCGGGGAGCUUUGGUUGGGGGGAAGAUGAGACAUUUCAACAUGUUAGGGAGUGUGUUUUAUGGGUGUGUGUCCUGCCGGUCAGAUAUUAUGAGUAAUUUGUUCGCUUGGUAGGAAUGGGGAGGGUUUGUACUGUAAGCUAAGGGAGGUGAGUAAUUUAAAAUGCAGCUGAUUUUUUUUUUUUUUUUUUUACAUCAGGGAAUUUCACUCAGUUCAGACUAAGAUGUAUUGUCCUGUGUUUUUUUAAUGCAACCUGCAAAGUCUGCUCUAUUUCUUUAGUUGGAGAGACUAUAGUAAUACCACACAGAUAGACUGAUGGUAAUAAAUUAGCCUCAGGUCUUCAACCAUUGUGUGCAGAAUCCAUUGUUACGGAGGUUUUUUUUGGAGUGUGUGUGUAUUGGGCAAUUAUCGAGCUAGGAGAGUUGUUUUCUGGAGUUGUAUCAAUUUGUCCUGGUUGGUAGUGUGACAGAGGAAGAAAAAAAAACAAAUAUAAUCUUCGCACACAGAGAUCGCACAUGAGAUCGUUAGCGAGCCGCUCCAAGACGGUUAUGUAGCCAGUUUGCAGAUUUUCAUGAUUAGCAAAACUAGUCUUAAUCCAGGAACCAAAAAACCCACCAUUUUUCACCCACUGAAGAUAAUUACGUUUGUCACUUCGAAUUUGUUCUCUAGAGGAGCUUAAGAGCUUUUCUGCUGUUUACACAAACAUGACUCAUGGCGUGCAGUCGUUCCUGUCACAGCUGAAAAGCUGGUAACAUUUGUAUUAGCCACUUAAAUAGAGGUUAUUAAAGGAUGUACUUUAAUGCACAAGUGCAUUGACCAGUGACGUUUUGUUCGAGUAUCUUCAUACACUGCACGUGAUGUCCUUUCCUGUUUCUGAUUUCUUUUCACCAACACACAUGGAAUGACCAGCAAGGUCCUAGAGAGACGAAAAUGAUUCUUAGAACAGUGUGAAUGAUCACUAUAUGGAUUAUAACAUGGCGGCAUUUUCCUUGCCAUGCCCUAAUUUGUGUGACAAGGUCAAAAUACACCUCUAUAAUCCAUUCGAAACCUAAUUCUCCAUCUAACUUUGAUAUCUAUUGAUUGUAGCUCAAGGACUUUUCCAUAUUGAAUAUCGAGAACUCGUGUGUAAGACCUCUUACCGCUUUCCUAUCUGAGCAGAGAUGUUUGUUGUUAUGAUCAUCGCCAUCUACUGUGCUGGGGUGGAAUUGCCAACAGUAUAUUGUGAAUUUUCAGAAGCAUCUUGAAGUUAUGCUGGAUGGAAUUCAAGACGUUUUAAUAUGAAUAGUAGGUCUAUAUCCAUUUUACAAACAGAGGAACAAGUUAAAAUGACCAAAGGGGGUGAUAAAGAUCAAGUUAGCUAGGUAGUUUUAAGCGAUACGACAUUUAGCCACGACAAGCAUCGACAAUUGAGCAAACGCAAUAAAAAAUAAACAUAUCAUCUAAUCAAAUCCCAGUCGAGCCACGUUAAAAUUCGGACAAUGGUCAAGUGAAUGUACGUAGUCAGCUAGCUAUAAUCACCAAACUGGUUAUCUUAGCUAGCUAGAGCUAGUUCACUAGCUAGCCAUGUUGGUAUUCUGUAAAACCGGAUUAAAUCUACGCAUACAGCAUUCAUACUGUGUAAAUAAGCAUUCAUUUUCUUUUAGAGCCAUUUCACAUGCUCUAGCUACGUACACAGACUAGUUAAACGUUUCCACAAAUGACUUUUCAUUCACGAGACUUCCGCAAACAAGACGGCAUCAUUUCCUGAAACUGGAAUGGAGGAAGGUCUUCCAGGAGAGAUGGCCUAGACGAAGAGAUUUAUGGCCAGACUCUGUUUAUCAUCUUGGGCCAUUUUAAGACAAUUUAAUUAUCACAGUGUCCUCACAGCACAAAACUUGUUUGUGCUUGCCCGUGCAAUCUAAUCCCCACUGAUGAAAAAUGGCAAGUGCUAACGACGUGAUACGUUUCGACAAGCUUUGCUCAUUACACAUUUGAAUAGUUAUGUAAAUUAAGUGCUUUCUCAAUUUGCAAGCAAGCCUAAUGCCUGAUUAUUAUUAUUUUAUUUUAUUUUUACCGCCGCCUCUCUCACAGCUGGUGUUACCAUUGUGUGACUUUUAUAUUUCUUUUCUUUUUUUUUUUUUUUUUUGCUUUAUUUUGAAAGUUUAAAGUUGUGUUCAUAAUUAUUCUCCUCAAUCACAGGUUGUAUUAAAUUAUUUUACCAGUACAGGCCUUUUUAAAAAAAAAAAAAAAAAAAAUUGUGCAUGGUAAAGUCUACCUGUUUAUACUGAUUAAUUGGUGCUACAAUUUUAGCCAGGACAAUGCAUAUGUAUGUAUUUGAAGAGAAUAUACAGUACAUUGUAAUAAAGUGUGGAUCAGGUACAUUUUAUAGAGCGUGUUUUCACUGUCAUUGCUCAAUACUCGCUCAAUUCACUGUCGUAUCGAAUUUUUUUUUUUCCAGGUCAUCCGCCAAAAAUCUGCGUUCACGUGACUGCAAUACGUCCUGAAUGUAGAGACAGAAACACAGUGUGCUGCGUUAUAGUUUCAGAAGUUAUAUUCAUCUGAAUUUUACGGGUUGCGUGUUAAGUUUUUCUUUUGUAGUGUCAAUGUUUCCACGUAUAAAAGUUAUGUGUAUUCAGAUUCUGGUCACACAGCGGCUGAAGCUGAUUAUCGGGGUUCUCCGUUUCGGAUGAGUAAAAUCACCUCCUGCGGUAAUACCUGCACACGAGAAGCUAUUCUCGUAUAAGGAGAAGAUUUUUAGCCACGCAGGCCGGCAUGAGACGUGCGUUUUAUUUUAUUUUCGUGAUGUUUUCAGUACAGGUGCUCAUGCCACAAAGGCGAGCUAGUUACAAUUCUCCAGUCCUGUGAAAGUCUAGUUUUAUAUAUCAAUAACCAUAAUAACCCUUUUAGAAACAGGAAGUAGUGUGACGAGCUGAACCAAUCACGUUACUCAACAUGUGGGCCUGAGCGUGAAUAGCUUCCUCACCUGAUGCAGAGUUCUAAUGGUUUCCAUUACAAAUACCAUUACGUACCAUCAGCUAAUCAUUAAGACCAUUACUGGUCCUUAAUAGUAUCCGCUAGACAUAACAUGCCACCAACAGAACGCAACAAAUUACCAGUAGAGUUUCCAUUAAAACCAUUACAAUUCCCAUUACAACCAUUAGACAUUCUAUGAGGGGUUCUAUUGGGUUUUUUUUUUUUCCAGCAGGGAAAGUGAACCCCAGACUAUUAUUUUACUCUAAAAGCAUUCCAAAAUAUUGUUUUGUUUGUUUCGUUGUUUUUUUUUUUGUUUUUUUUUUUUUACGAA